UGUAGCACAGUGAUCACCUGAUUUUAUAGCGCCGUCUUACUCAUUUUUGCUUGAAGCUCGUCUUUUGUAUCAAAUACUUAACAGUCGACACAAAAAGGCUUAGCAUUUUUCCGCGUUGUAAUGGACACAGUUUGCCCACUCGAUACCAAGUGUGCUUCUCAAAUCUCUGCUCUUCUCCGUCGUCCUCCUCCUCUCCAAGUCCAGGAGUAUUUUGAGGAGCUUAUAUUGAGCAGGCAAUGCCAUGGCAUCAAAGUGAAGCAGAAUGGAAAGUUUGGAAAAGGUGUCUAUGCUGACUCACACUUUAAAGAACAGGAACUCAUUUUGAAGGACCCUAUGCUCGUGGGUAUUCAGCAUCCUUCAAACAAGAUUGACUGUCUGGUCUGCAGCUUUUGUUUCCAAUUUAUUGGCUCAAUAGAACAACAGAUUGGAAGGAAGCUAUAUUUGCAAAAUCUUGGUUUAUCAGCAAGUAAUGCAUGUGAUCAUGACGAGAUUUCAAAAGAUUCUUGUGGCAUCAAUUUAUCUGAUGAAGAAGAUGAUUGUUGCAUGAAGGAUUAUAAGACAUUGGGAGAAGGUGCUUCCAGCAGUUCCAAUGGCAAAGUUACUUUGCCUGAAGCUGUUGUGGAAUCAUUAAUGAAUGGUGAACUGGUAUUGCCUCACUCCAACAAAUUUCCUUUGCCUUCAGCAAUUUCUUGUCCCGGGGGAUGCACGGAAGCUUACUACUGUAGCAAAACAUGUGCAGAAGCAGAUUGGGAAUCCUCUCAUUCAUUACUUUGCACUGGGGAGAGAUCAGAAUCACUAUCUAGAGAUGCACUUCUGAAAUUUAUGCAACAUGCAGAUGAAACAAAUGACAUCUUUCUCCUUGCAGCAAAGACAAUUUCUUUCACCAUUUUAAGGUAUAGAGAGCUAAAAGCUGCUCGCCUAAAAGGACAAUACAAGUGCAUUCAUCCUGUUGAUUCAGAAUGCCCUGCGCUUACUUUACUUUUGGAGGCAUGGAAACCUGUAUCAAUUGGAUACAAGAGAAGGUGGUGGGAAUGUAUUUCAUUGCCAGAUGAUGUUGAUCAUUCUGAUGAAACUACAUUUAGGAUGGAAAUCAGGGACCUUGCAUACACGUCAUUGCAGCUCCUUAAGGCUGCUAUCUUUGACCUGGAAUGUGAACCCUUAUUCUCCCUUGAAAUCUAUGGAAAUAUUAUUGGCAUGUUUGAGCUGAAUAAUCUUGAUUUGGUUGUAGCGUCUCCAGUGGAGGAUUAUUUUUUGUACAUUGAUGAUCUUCCAUAUCCUGAAAAGAGUAAAGCCGAGGAAAUUACGCAGCCAUUCCUAGAUGCUCUUGGUGAUGGCUAUUCGGUUUGCUGUCAAGGUACUGCGUUCUAUCCUUUACAGAGCUGUAUGAACCACUCCUGUUGCCCGAACGCAAGAGCAUUCAAAAGAGAGGAAGACAGGGAUGGCCAAGCAACAAUCAUUGCCCUCAGACCCAUUUGCAAGGGAGAAGAGAUUACCAUUUCAUAUAUAGAAGAGGACCUUCCGGUUGAGGAGAGGCAGGCAUUACUCGCAGAUUACGGCUUCAGAUGCAGGUGUGCCAAGUGCUUAGAAGAAGAGAAACUUAUCUCUAAUUGAGAGUAUACAAAAAGGAAGCCAUUAAAGAGGCUCUGACUUUGAAGUGAAAGAAUACAUAUAAUAGAGAAGAAGGGAAGAAGGUGAAAAAUGAAAAAGGAACAGAAAUCACAGUUUUGUUUAACCUUCACCAAUUCAUACAGAUCCUGUUUAUUUUAGAUCCUUAUAUCAAAUUGUGGAAUUCGGAAAGCAGGAUAUGUCUGUGUCUCGCUACUUUAGCAUCCCAUUAGAUGGUUACCCCAAAGUUUAUAAUCAGUGUAAGUUCCCAUUUAGUUAUAGUUUUUAAUAUUAAAUAUUUCUUCCGUCUCA